AGAGAAACCAAGGAGACAAAAUAUGAUAAUGUUUCGGGGUCAAGACAAAAGUACUUAAUAAAUGAAGCAAGCUUUGAACACUUGAAAACACACCUCUGCAAGUCGAUUUUCGCAAAUGCGGAGGAGAGCAACAGCCUUCAAACUUAUGCUGAGUCAUCUUCAGCAGCUGCGCCGAAAAGUGCAAAAACACUUCGCCACCCAGACUUGAUUUUCCCCGAUUUGGAUUUAAUCAUCUCAGAAGUAGUUACACUAGGAAAAGAAUCAAUAAAGAACCAAGGCAUAUUACUUGAACGACGCAAUCCAAUAUACGCCUCCGUAUGGACUCACUUCUGCUGCUUUGCAUUAGAACAA